AUGGCGGACGGAACGCCUGCUCCGAAGAAGCUCACGAAGAAGGAGCUGCGUAUCCUCGAGCGUCAGAAAGUAGCUGCCGUAGCUGCAGGUCCGACGCUCACGGACACGUACGGCGACUUGCCGCUCAUCCAGUCGAAUGAGCGUCCGAACCAUGUCUAUAAGCUCGUCAAGGACUUGAAUGUGGAGCUGCAGGGCCAGAGCUUUUGGGUGCGCGGCUACCUCCAGACCGUACGCGCCAAGGCGAAGCUCGUGUUCAUCACGAUACGUCAACAGACCGCUACGAUCCAAGCCAUUUUGCACGAGAGCGACAAGGUCUCGCGUGCUAUGAUCAAGUUUGCAGCUGGUGUCUCCAAGGAGUCUGUUGUGGACGUCUUUGUAACCCUCAGCGUGCCUGAGAGUCUUGUGGUCAGUACCACGCAGAAGGACGUGGAACUCAAUGUGGAGAAGCUGUUUGUGGUCAGCAAAGCUUUGCCAGAGCUUCCGUUCCAGGUGGAAGAUGCCGCUCGCUCGGAUGCUAUCGUCAAGGCUGAAGGAUCCACGUACGUGAAUGUGGGACUCGAGACUCGGCUGAACACGCGCCCUCUCGACCUGCGCACACCUGCCAAUCAGUGCAUUAUGCGCAUCCAGGCAGCUGUGGGUCAGCUCUUCCGUGAGUUCCUCAUGAGUCGCGACUUUGUUGAGAUUCAUACGCCAAAGCUCGUGGGUGGUGCUUCGGAGAGCGGAGCCAACUGCUUUACGCUCAAAUACUUUGACCAGGACGCAGCUCUAGCCCAGAGUCCUCAGACGUACAAGCAGAUGGCGUGUGCUGUCGCUGGUCUUGAGCGUGUGUUUGAGAUUGGUCCGGUCUUUCGUGCCGAGAACUCAAACACACAUCGCCACAUGUGCGAGUUUGUCGGUCUCGACUUGGAAAUGACUAUCAGGGAACACUAUCAUGAAGUGUUGGAGGUAUUCUCGGACCUGUUCAUUUACAUCUUCGAUGGCUUGAAGGAGCGGUAUGCGAAGGAGUUAGCUAUUAUCAACGAACAGCACCCUUUUGAGAUGCUCAAGUACCAGAAGCCGUCGCUCAUCAUUAACUUCGAGGAAGGUGUAAAGAUGCUGAAGGAAGCAGGCGCCUCGCAGGAGCCUGAAGACGACUUGAGUACGGAAAACGAAAAGUGGCUUGGCCGUCUCGUCAAAGAAAAGUACGAUACGGACUUCUACAUUCUGGACAAGUUCCCGCUAGGUGUGCGUCCGUUCUACACGAUGCCUGACCCGAACGACAAGCGUUGGAGUAACUCAUACGACAUGAUGAUUCGUGGUGAGGAGAUCGUCUCUGGUGCCCAGCGCGUGCACGACCCCAACCUACUUAUCGAGCGCAUGCAGGAGCUGGGCGUGCCGCAGGACUCUAUGCGCACUUAUAUCGACUCAUUCCGCCUCGGCGCUCUUCCUCACGGCGGUGGUGGUAUUGGUCUGGAGCGCGUUGUGAUGCUGUACUUGGGCCUGGGCAAUAUCCGCAAAGCCUCCAUGUUCCCGCGCGACCCGAAGCGGUUGUUCCCGUAA